CGUUUAUUGGCGUUAUUUUUAAACACACACAACAAGCAUAACGAGUCACCUUUUCUUUUUUUUUCUUUCCUCCUUAUGAAACCCUCAAUGUCACAACCUGUGUUUAUAGCAGUUCAUGUGGGUGCAGGUAUUUUCUUUUGUUUCAAUGCUUGUCAUUUUCAACCAACACAAAAACAAGGUCGUUUAGCACGUUCGAAAGAACCUAAAUAUAAAGCAGCGUUGGCAAAAGCAUGUCAACUUGCCAUGAAUGUUUUAAAAAGAGAAGGAGGUACAGCUGCUGAGGCUGUGGCUGUUGCCAUUGCGCAUUUAGAGAACGAUCCCGUAACGAAUGCAGGUUAUGGCUCGAACCUAACCUUGAAGGGUACAGUGGAAUGUGAUGCUAGUUUAAUGACAGGACAGUCUGGCACGUUUGGUGCAGUGGGAGCAGUCAGCGGUAUCAAAAACCCGAUUUUGACAGCACAUCAUAUGGUUUGCGAGGCAGAAAAAGGUUUAAUGUCCUUGGGCAGAAUACCUCCAAUGUUUUUGGCAGGAAAAGGUGCAAAAGAUUGGGCUCAAGAGCGUGGACAUGUCAUUGUAGAAGAAGAGGAUUUGAUUGAUCGUAAGAGACAACUCACAUAUGGAUUCCUUCUUUUUGGUUUUUCACACAUUUCACUUGUAGCAAACGCGUAUAAGACAUACUUAGAUCAUGUUGGAAGGUUAGUAGAGGAUGAGGAAGACAAUGUGGAUUUAGGUCAUGAUACAGUGGGUGCUAUUUGCCAUGAUCAGUAUGGAGAUAUAGCUGCUGGUGUUAGUAGUGGUGGAAUCUCACUGAAAGCACCAGGUCGUGUAGGAGAGGCUGCCAUGUAUGGUACAGGAUGUUGGGCACAGAAUGAGAAAGAAGGUCAAGCUGGUGUGGCCUGUAGUACAACAGGCACGGGAGAACAAAUCAUGAGAACUUUGUUUACCUAUAAAUGCGUGGAACGCAUUUCCAAACAAGAAGAUAUGAAGAUUGCUUUGACAGAUUCAUUCAACAAGGAUUUUCUAGAAUCACCAUGUUUGGAUAUGUAUGAUGAGAAAUCGGUGGGAACAAUCGCGCUUCGAACGCAGAAAACGAGGGAUACAACAAGAAUAGAGUUUUGGUACGGACAUGUCACUCCGGAUAUGGGGAUUGGUUACAUGUCAGGGACAUUUAAAAAGCCAAAGACGUUGAUAUCUAGGAAAUCAUCUGAACAUGAAAAGACGGUGUCUGCUGGAUGGUUAAUUUAACUUUUCAUGCGCUAAAGAAAAAAUAAAUAAAAGGCCGGAGUUAUUCUUUAGCCUAUAAGCGGGCUUCAUCAUUGGAUUUUAGAGAUUGAACAAAAAUGACUAUUUAUUUAUAAGCCAAUAAAAAGUGUAGGAUUUUCAUAAAAAUGACAGAAUGCGUGUUGACUCACAAAGUGUAUUUCUAUUUGAUUUGUGGU